UUUAAAUAAUUAAUUUUAUUAUUGUUGGUUAUGUUUAAUGUUUGUAUUGUACGGGUUACUAUAGAAAUUGUUUUAAUCAGGAUUUAAUAUAUUUAUAUCCGAGGUGUUGUGAGGUAAAGUGCGUUUUGUGUUAAUCGAAAAAGGUGGAAUGGAUGUGAUUGAAUCCGAUGGGGACGAGGAGGUUAUCGAGAAACAGUUAAAAAUAGUGAUUCUCGGUGGGAAAUACACUGGAAAAACUUCUAUAAUAAGAAGAUUUUGUUACAAUGAAUUUGUGAAGAGUUACGUAUCAACAAUAGGAGCAGAUUUUUAUUUGAAACGAAUGAGUUUACCAUCCGACAAAAAAGCUCUUUUAAGAAUAACUGAUGUUGGCGGAGAUGAGUUAUGUGGAACGAUGCUUGAUAAAUACUUAUUUAAAGCUAACGUAAUAUUCUUAGUUUACGACAUAACCAACAAAAAUUCGUUCGAAGAAAUUAAUUCUUGGAUCCGAGAGAUACAAAAAUACAUUAAAUGUCCUCCGAUCGUUGCAAUAAUUGGAAAUAAAAGUGAUUUAGAGCACCAAAGAAGUGUUUCAAAUCAAAUCGUAUCUAAAUUAAUGAAAGAGUUAAACGUUUUGAGUUAUUUAAUAUCUGCGAAGAGUGGGGAAAACGUUUCGUUAUUCUUUUUGGAUGUGGUUGCGAGAUAUUUGGGGAUUCAUUUGACGAGAAUCGAUAAAGAGAAUCAGAUUGAAGUUGUAAAAGCUCGCCUGGUUAAAGAGGAGGUUCCCAAGAGAAUCAAUGAGAAAAAUGUUAAUCGGAAUACCUCAAUUUGUUCGAUACAAUAAUGAUUAAUAAAAAGAUUCUUCCAUUUAA